AUGGUAGUGAGAGCGCUACAUACACUUGGUGUUGAUCGCGCUAUGGUUAAUGCUCGACAUGACAUAGUAUUGAGGCCACGCGGGUCGGGUGACGGAGGAUUCAGAUCAUUCAAAGUAUCGGGUUCAGCAUACAAGUUGACCAAAGAGAGAGCUCUUCACCAUGGAACUUGUUUAUUAUCAUCCCCGAAUAUUGCAAAAAUUUUCAAAUAUCUGAGGUCUCCUGCGUUGAGAUUCAUCACCGCUCGUGGUGUUGAAAGUGCAUUUGAGGAUGCAGUGGUCGAGGAGUUUGGCAAGAUGUAUAGUCUUCAUGAACCCAUUAUUUUGGGCGAGGAUGUCAAAGUAGUCCCUGAGAUUGCCAAGGGUAUUGAAGAGCUUACUUCCUUAGAUUGGAUAUUCUCACAAACUCCUCAAUUCAUAUUCUCAUCAGAUCAAUCCACUAAAGACACAGAUAAGAAACAUCCUGUACAUCCUCUUCCGAAGGACUUGCCGCCGAAUUUCAAAGCAGACUUUACGGCACGAGAUGGAGCUAUCAUCGAAGCAGAUGUCCAAUAUAAGGACAAGGGCGAAAUGGUCCAAAUCGGAGAUAAACUGGUGAACAGAAAGAUACAUGAAAUCGAGUGGAAUCAGUUCCCUCAAGCUAUUGCUGACGAACCCCUAAAGUGGUUCAGUAAAUUAUUCUCUCACAAGGUCGAGGAUUGGAGAAAGGAACGGAUAAGGAAAAUUUGA